GUGGAAAACUGGUUUUUAAAAAUCUCAGAGUAUAAAUUUGUAGGAUAAUGAAUCUGAUGCAGUUUAACGAAAUGGAGCCGGAUCCGACAACAUCUAUACCAACGUUCUACGCUGGUCGGAGUAUCUUCAUCACGGGGGGUACAGGAUUCAUGGGAAAAGUGUUGAUUGAAAAGUUAUUGAGAUCAUGUCCGGGUAUUGGAGAAAUAUUUUUACUCAUGCGGGCCAAGAAAGGUACAUCGAUCGAUGAAAGAUUGAGCCAAAUGCUCAGUUUACCGCUCUUCGAUAAAUUGCGGGAAACUGACGCAUCCGUUUUCAAAAAACUGAUUCCGGUAACGGGAGAUGUUGCGGAUGAAGGACUUGGUUUACCAACGAUCGAACGAAGGGUUCUUACCGAGAAGGUCUCCGUCAUAUUCCACGUCGCAGCCAGCGUUAGAUUCGAUGAUUCUCUGAAGCAAGCUGUUCUUCUAAAUACCAGAGGUACAAGGGAAGUUUGCAUUUUAGCAGCCGGCAUGAAAAAAUUGGUGGCACUACUGCACGUCAGCACCACUUACGGCAACACUGACAGACCUGUCGUCGAUGAAAAACUUUAUCCACCCCAUGCCAAUUGGAAGAAGACAAUAAAUAUUGCCGAGACUAUCGACGAACACACCCUGAAUUCCAUGACUGCUAAGUACCUCGGUAAACUGCCGAACACCUAUACGUUCACAAAACAAUUGGCUGAACACGUCAUUAAUGAUCAUGCCGGAGUAGUUCCAGGCGUAAUUUUCAGACCUUCGGUAGUCAUAUCGUCGGUGAGCGAACCGGUGUCGGGAUGGCUGGACAAUUUCAACGGUCCUGUAGGAUUAAUGAUUGGGGGUGGAAAAGGGAUUCUACGGACUGUCUAUGCAAAACCAGAUACACUGACCGAUUUCAUACCAGUAGAUAUUGCGAUCAAAGCGAUGAUCGCCUGUGCUUGGAAAAGGGGCAUUAAAACGAUAACGCAGGACCCGGGCGUUCCAAUUUACAAUUGCGCCUCCAGUGGCACGAAGGUAAUAUCUACGAGAAAUCUGGUGGCUAUGGCACUCCAACUUACAGAAGAAAUUCCCUUUGAGGGAAUAUUGUGGGUUCCUGGAACAUCGGUGCAGACUGUGAGAUGGAUUUACAGCUUAACAUUCUGGAUCUUACAAUUGAUACCAGCUCUAGUUAUUGACGGUGUUCUCAAACUUGGCGGUACGAAACCUAUGCUACUCAAAUUGCAGAGAAAAAUUUACAUGGCUAACUUCGCUCUGCAAUAUUUUUUGGUCAAUAAUUGGAAAUUCCUUAACAACAAUUUAUUGGCCGUUUCGACAUCGAUGUCAAAAGCAGAUGCGGAGACGUUCGGAUUCCAAAUGGGAAAUUUUGAUAUACGAGAUUACUUCAAAAACAGCGUGAUUGGAUCGAAGUUGUAUCUUCUGAAGGAAGAUAUGAAUAAAUUAGUCGAAGCCCAAGCCCACUUCAACAAAAUGUGGUGGAUCGACCGUACUCUCAAAGUUUGGUUGGGCGUUCUUCUGACCUGGGCGACGAUUGCUUCCGGUUUAUUAGCGUUCGUUAAAAACUUUACUUUGUCGGCAUUGGACACUCUGUUUAUAGCUUGAAAUUUGAAUUUUUUAUAUCAUUUCUGCUCACAGUUAGUCCAAUUAUCAAUUACAGGAAGUAGACGCUUGACAUUUGUUUCGAUUUCCGUAAUGCUUGAUGAAUCGUUGAAUCAUUUCAUAAUUCGUGCGUAACGUCUUCUGAUUACCAAUUAUUUUCCUUAAAAGAUAAAUCUUGCGUUUAUUUGAUUUCUGAGUAUUUCUAUAGAGUAUGAAUAACUAUAUUUCAUUUGUUCCAUUUACGUAGCAAGUAAAUGUUGAAUAUUCUGAGAACAUCAAUUAUACAAACGUUAUAAGUAUAUCCUUUGUAUUUUUAAUUACGGAUUAACAUAUUAAAAUGUAAUGGAGUUACGAUGA